CCGAAAACCAAAAAAAAAAAAAGAACAGAGUCAGACUGAAUCAGAGUGUACCUGAGAACAGAAUGUAAACUGACAGUGCUCUGAGGUUGGUAACAUAGUAUUAAGUAACAUUGAAUCACAUCCUGUGAAAGUUUCCAGUUUUUCAAGUCCUUUCCAAAUCUUGUUUAAGAAUAUGGACCUGCACCUGUGGCUCAAAGGAGUAGGGCGCCAGCCCCAUAUAACGGAGGUGGCGGGUUCAAACCCAGCACCGGCCAAAAAUUGCAAAAAAAAAAAAAAAGAAUAUGGACCUGCACUGGGGCACAGUGGUUAACGCCUGUAAUCCUAGCACUUGGGAGGACAAGGCGGGUGGUUUGCCUGAGCUCACAGGUUGGAGACAAAUCUGAGCCAGAGCGAGACCCUGUCUCUAAAAAUAGCCAGGCUUGGCUUGGCUCCCAUAGCUCAGUGGUUAGGGCACUGGCCACAUACACCAAGGCAGGUGCAUUCGAACCCUGCCCAGGACUGUUAAGCAACAAUGACAACUACAACAAAAAAAUAGCUGGGUGUUGUGGCAGGUGCCUGUAGUCCCAGCUACAUAGGAGGCUGAGCCAAGAGAAUUGCUUAAGCCCAAGAAUUUGAGGUUGCUAUGAGCUGUGACACUACAGCACUCUACCAAGGGCAACAAAGUGAGACUCUGUUUCAAAAAAAAAAAAAAAAGAAAAAAAACAGAGCAUGGACCUGGUGGCUCUGCUGUUAAUCCCAGCACUCUAGGAGGCUGAGGUGGGAGGAUUGCUUGAACUCAGGAGUUCCAGACCAGCUUGAAUAAGAGUGAGACCCCCAUCUCUACAAAAAAUAGAAAGUGCCUGAAGUCACUUAGGAGGAUUAGGAGGGAGACUUGCUUGAGGACAGACAGCAUGGACAACAUAGCAAGACUUCAUUUCUAAAAAAAUAAAAACAAACAUAAAUUAAAAAACAAAAUUUCUCUAGGUAGUACCCAGAAGCUGGAAUUUGGCAAACUCAGGAUCAUUCCAAUCCUCUCUGACCUCAGUCAACAGCAAGGCUGCCACUCCUCCUCCUUACUUCUACUCUUCCCCCAACUUCUCAUUCAACCCUGAGGCACGUGCUAACUGCCACCUGCUCUCCCUUCUUACCCUAGUCAGAGUCCCCUUUAAUCAUCCAAGACUCCAAAGACUUCCAAAGCCACCCCUGGGUGGGCUGAGCCUUUCCUGGAACCUGCUUUGGCAGCAGAUUAAAGACACCCCGCCAACCCUUAAUCACGGCCUCAUGACUCCAGAUAGCGGGUUCAGUCCCUUCAGGGGCAGAGAUCCUGGUGGCUCCGCCCACUGACCUGUGGCCUGACCCUCCUCAAAUGCACCCAGAGGCGACUCCCGGCCCCCUUCCUGGACCCCGCCCCGGAUUGAUCCAGCCCCGCCCCGCAGCAAGUUAAGAGCCCCCCAGUGCCCAACGCUCCAGAAGGUUGCCACUCUUGAGGCGUCAAGCGGAUUUAGUUGUCGUCAUGGCGACAGCUCGGCUGGCCGCAGUCCUCCGGGCCGCGACUGUGGGCAGGAGGCUGCACGGCUCCCGAGGCACUGUCGGCGCCCGGAGGCUGAGCUGCAGCGCUCAGCGGAGGGCGGCGGGGAGCGCCAGCCCGGGGCGCCAGCUCAGCACAGCCUGGGCGCAGGCCCAGUCCCCGCGGGAGGAGGCAGAGGAGCCAUUGUGGGCGCCGACUCCCGCGCCCCCAGUGGUCUCUGAGUCCUCCGAGCCUCCGGCUGGCCGCUCACUGGUGCAGCGGGACAUCCAGGCCUUCCUGAACCAGUGCGGGGCCAGCCCGGGGGAGGCACGCCACUGGCUCAUGCAGUUCCAAACCUGCUAUCACUCCGCGGACAAGCCCUUCGCAGUCAUCGAGGUGGACGAGGAGGUGUUCAAGUGCCAGCAGGCGGUAUCCAGUCUGGCCUUUGCCCUGGCCUUCCUGCAGCGCAUGGACAUGAAGCCUCUGGUGGUCCUGGGGCUGCCCGCUCCCACGGCGCCCUCGGGCUGUCUUUCCUUCUGGGAGGCCAAGGCGCAGCUCUCCCAGAGCUGUAAGGUGCUGGUGGACGCUCUGCGACACAACGCCGCCACUGCAGUGCCUUUUUUUGGCGGCGGGUCGGUGCUGGGCGCUGCUGAGCCAGCUCCUCAUGCCAGCUACGGCGGCAUCGUCUCGGUGGAGACUGACUUGCUGCAGUGGUGCCUGGAGUCGGGUAGCAUCCCCAUCCUGUGUCCCAUCGGAGAGACCGCUGCACGCCGCUCAGUGCUUCUAGACUCGCUGGAGGUGACCGCGUCUCUGGCCAAGGCAUUGCAGCCCACGAAAAUCAUCUUCCUCAAUAACACAGGCGGCCUGCGCGACACCAGUCAAAAGGUCCUCAGUAACGUGAACCUGCCCGCCGACCUGGACCUGGUGACCAACGCCGAGUGGGUGAGCACCAAAGAACGGCAGCAGAUACGGCUCAUCGUGGAUGUACUCAGCCGCCUGCCUCACCACGCCUCGGCUGUCAUAACUGCCUCCAGCACGCUGCUCACCGAGCUCUUCAGCAACAGGGGGUCCGGGACCCUGUUCAAGAACGCUGAGCGGAUGCUGCGAGUGCGCAACCUGGACAGCCUGGACCAGCGCCGUCUCGUGGGCCUGGUCAACGCCAGCUUCGGCAAGAAGCUCCGGGACGACUACUUGGCCUCGCUGCGCCCGCGGCUGCACUCCAUCUAUGUCUCUGAGGGGUACAACGCGGCAGCCAUUCUGACCAUGGAGCCGGUACUGGGGGGCACCCCGUACCUGGACAAAUUUGUGGUGAGCUCCAGCCGCCAGGGCCAAGGCUCCGGCCAGAUGCUCUGGGAGUGCCUGAGGCGGGACCUGCAGACGCUUUUCUGGCGGUCUCGGGUCACCAACCCCAUCAAUCCAUGGCCCUUACACCUCCAGUGGGACUCCCCCUCGCCCCUCAUCCCUUAUCACUCUGCUGUGUGGGCACUAAGAAGUGCACAACCCUCCCCUCUGCUGCACAGUCAAGGCCGGGUGGAGAGAGCAAGGAACGUCCUCACUCUGACCUUCCUAGCUCUAUGACUCUGGCAAGUUAUCUAACUUCUCUGAGCCUUAGCUGCUUCUAUGAAAUAACAAUACCACUCAGGCCCCCGCUGUGAGGAUAAAAUAACAGGUCCUAGACGGGUACAUAGCAGGUAGUAGGUCCUCAAUAAAUGUUUUGCAAAAACAGAAUCUGUGCUAGGCACAGUGGCUCAUGCCUGUAAUCCUAGAACUCUGGAAGGCCAAGGCAGGUGGAUUGCCUGAGCUCAGGAGUUCAAGACCAGCCUGAGCAAGAGUGAGACCCCAUCUCUACUAAAAAUAGAAAAAUUAGCUGGGUGUUGUGGUGGGCAUCUGUAGUCCCAGCUACUCAAGAGGGUGAAGCAAGAGGAGCUCUUGAGCCCAUGAGUUUGAGGUUGCUGUGAGCUAUGACAAUGUCAAGGUACUCUACCCAGGGUCACUGAGUGAGACUCUGUGAAAAAAAAAAAAAAAAAGCCAGAAUCAGUGAAUAGUGAAUACUGAACACUGGCCUUACUCUAAAAGCUUUCACUUAACUGCCCCCAACCCAGGUACUUCAAGCACAGCGAUGGCAGCUUCUCUAACAAGCAGUGGAUCUUCUUCUGGUUUGGCCUAGCAGAUAUCCGGGACUCCUAUGAGUUGGUCAACCAUGCCAAAGGGCUGCCAGACUCCUUCUGCAAGCCAGUUUCUGA